CAAAUGACAGCGCGUAAGACCAAUUUAGCAGAUUUAUAACACCACAUUGAAGAGUUUAAUCGUUUUUUGGGCUUUUAUACAUAUAAAUCAAGCCAUUUCUUCAAUAUAACAUGGUAAAAUUAUUUAAAGUUAUUUUACAAACAAUUAUUUCAACAAUUCAGACUAAAUUAAAAGAUUUUUUAGUUUUAUACCACACAAGGCCAAUAUUGAUAUUGUUGAUGUUGUUCCCUUGUCCAUACUGUCUGUGUUUAUGUCGCUGCUGUCACACCACAAUCGCGCGCAAAUGAACAAAAUCUAAACAUACAGAACAUCUAACGAGUUAAAUUGCGUGCGUUAUUGCGAUAAUCUAGUGGUUUCUAGCCGUGAUUUUAUCAAAAAUAGGAUGGACCAAUCAUUCUCGAAGCGUAUUCGGCUCAACUCAUAUUUGUAUCGUAUCCGUAACCGUAUAGUGGAGCAAGACCAGCUAGAAGAAAAUAAUACCAGUGAAAGAGAAAAUGAUAAUGCACAUACGCCAGAUGUUGGUGCUACAUCCUCACACGACAGUUUUCUUGUGGAACAUGAUUAUGUUGAAGAUGAUCAUGAAACUACUGCAUACGCUGAGGAAGAAGAGGCUGUAAUCGAUUAUCUCGAAAGCUCUGACGAGGAACAAGAAACAUCAAACGAACCAUUCUCCGUAAAAGAAGCUUUGCAAACGUGGGCGGUGUCUACAAAUCAAACUUAUGAUUCCAUCGAACAAGUCAUGGGUAUAAUCGGUAAAGUAAGUUCUUGCAAAUUGCCAAAAGAUGCUAGAACUUUGCUAAAAAUCAACCGCAAUCGCUCUUCGGAAAUUAUUACCGUGCAAGGUGGACAGUAUUGGUAUCGUGGGAUUCAAAAUUGCUUCACUAACGAGUUAAGCGAUGUAAACUUUGAAGCUGAUAAAACAAUUUUACUGAACGUGUCAAUAGACGGAUUGCCGAUUGCCAAAAGCAACAAUCUACAAUUUUGGCCUAUUCUAUUUAACAUUCAUGGAAUGCCGGAAAUACCAGUCAAAUUAAAAUACAAAUUAUUGUGGCAGAUUCUCUGCAUUUGAUAGAUUUAGGUAUAACAAAAAGAAUGCUGAUGGCCUGGAUGUUUGGUAUGUUUGGUGUAAGAAAAAAAUUAACACCUACACAAAUCAACUUUAUUACAGCUAAGUUACUUAACAUUAAACUUCCUGCUGAGAUCCAUAGAAAAUUUCGUCCACUUUUUGACAUCAAACAUUGGAAAGGAUCAGAAUUUGCUUCAUUUUUGUUUUAUGGUUCAUUUGUCGUUCUUAAGGACUCAAUUCCUGAAGAACAAUAUAAUCACUUCAUGCUG